AUGCCGUUCCAGCACUAUCGCACGACGUGGCAGAUGUCCAACGCGGGCGUCGUCGAGCAGAUCUUGGACGGGGCAAAAACGUCAAUCAGAACAACAUCGACUUUGCGCAGGUGGCGGACGUGGUUGUCGACGAUGUCAGGAAGCACUGGCACGCGGCAAAGCAGCAGGAACCGCCUGAGGUGGCAUGUCAACCGCUGCGUUUUUCAAUACUUAUCCUAUCCCCCCAAGCACAUCGGACCUUCAGCAUCUCGUAGAGAGCUUUGCAAUGUUUUGAGGGAGGGUAAGGUCACCCUGGCAUCGGCUGAAUUUCCCCACAAUGUCAGCCUCAGGGCCAAAAUAAUCUGA